AUGGAGAUCGACGCCGACCUCGUCGUCACCAGGGCCGAGAUCACGGACGCCGCGGCGGCCACGUUCGCGGACUCAACAGUGAUCCCCGACAGGUACGCCCGGCCGGACGAGGUCGGGGACGGGGUCGUGGUGGGCGACGAGGAGAGCCACGAGCUGCCGCUCGUAGACAUGGCGAGGCUGCUCGACUCGGAGUCCUCUGAGGCGGAGGCGGCCAAGCUUGGCUCUGCAUGUCGAGACUGGGGCUUCUUCCAGCUAACAAACCAUGGACUCGACGAAUCAGCUGUACAAGACAUGAAGAAUAACGCUGUGCAGUUCUUCCGCUUGCCACUGGAGAAGAAGAACGCCGUGGCCAUCGAGGCCGGCCGUUUGGAAGGGUUUGGGCACCACUUCGCCGGAGCAUCCUGCGACAAACUGGACUGGGCAGAGAGCCUGAUACUCGCGACGCAAGAGAACGAGCAGACGAACAUGGAGCUCUGGCCCGCCGAUCCGCCAACAUUUAGGGAUGCACUUGAGAAGUACUCGCUCGAGAUGUCUAGUCUCGCGAGGCGCCUCCUGAGGUUCAUGGCGAGCGACAUCGGAGUGGAGCGGGAGGCGCUCGACGGGGCCUUCCGGGGCAAGAGGCAGACCGUGGCCAUGCACCACUACCCUCCAUGCCGGCACCCGGACAAGGUGAUAGGCAUCACGCCGCACCAUGACGGCCUCGGCCUGGCCCUCCUGCUGCACGUGGACGACACCCCGGGCCUGCAGGUGAGGAGGGGCGGCAGGUGGUUCCCGCUGGACCCGCUGCCGGGCGCCCUCGUCGUCAACGUCGGCGACAUCCUCCAGGUGCUCACCAACGGCAAGUACAGGAGCGCCGAGCAUAGGGUGUUGGUGGACGCCGAGAGAGGCCGGACGACCGUGGUGAUGUUCCAGGGCGCGUCCGUCGCCGGGACGGUGAGGCCGCUCCCGGGGCUCGGCGAGGCCAGGUACAGGGCGAUCGAGUAUGGUGAGUAUGUCAAGGGGAAUUUCAGGGCGCUCGUUGAAGGGACCAGGUUCGUGGAUAGUCUCCAGACCGAUGUAGCGCAGGAUGAGAAGGAAAUCUAA